GGGGAGGGUCCGUCCAGUAUGGGGAAUAAAUAAAAUUACAAAAAUUGAUCCUUAGAAGACUGGAAAAAUCUUGGAGGUUUUGCUAUGGAUACUAUAAAUGAAAACCAUUUUUAUCUAGACAAAGUGUGGGUUCAAUGUGAGAUUGGCAGUUGUUUGAAAUGGAGACUGCUGUCAAGUGAUGACGCUGCACAAGUUGAUCACAGUGAGCCGUGGUACUGUUAUAUGAAUACUGACCCAUGGUUUAAUAAUUGUUCUGUUUCUGAAGAAUAUUUUCCUGAAGAGUCUGAGUUUAAUAAAAAUGGAUUUAAAUACAUCUACUCAGAACUUCCUAUAGGAAGUUUAGUUUUGGUGAAAAUGCGCAGCUGGCCAAGAUGGCCUGGCAUACUUUGUCCUGAUCCUUUUAAUGGACAAUAUGUGACAUAUGACAUGGAUGGAUAUGUUGAAAGCAAUCAUGUAGAAUUCUUAGGUGAUCCUCAUUCCAGAGGUUGGGUUGCCGUGAAAUAUAUUAGCCGUUACCCUAACUCAAUUAAGCCAGAACAAUGCAAGAGAAAAAAGAAAUGGUAUAAAAGUGCAUUGGAAGAAGCAAAUAAAUUACUUACAUUUUCUGCUCUGCAAAGACUUGAAAUGUGCCAGCUAUCAGAAAAUGGGGCAGGAGUGUUAGAGGAUAAAACAGAAGCCAGUAAUGACACAGUGGUAUCCAAGAGAAGAAUAGAAGCUCAGAAAAAGCAAGUUGUCAAGAAAAAUAGAAGUGUCAUAGGACAAAAAAGAAAGAAAAGUAUGUUAAGAUGCUCUCUUGAAACAACAGUUUCAGAUGACUUCCUGUCAAAAGAAAAUCUGCUUGUUUCUGAGACAGAAGUUAUAUUAAAAGAUCUGGAAAAAAUUCUGAGGCGUGUUGCAGACCCUUUAAAAACAACCUGUGGGUUGUAUGGAAAUGGAGAGGGAAAAGAUUCAGGAGAAAAGGUAACGAAAUACAGCACAGAGAGUACUGAAGGAAGUCCAAUGGAAAACUACACCCAAGAGGAUUGUAUUAUUAUGGAUGGGAUAGCUUUCAGGGCUGGGGAGUGUAUUGAGAACAUAACCAACAAGUUUAAAGAAAUAGAUUCUUUAAUGGCUGAAUUCCAAGAUACCUUGUAG